GCGAUCAUUAUUGUCAUUAUAAUUUCUGUUUAUUUUGUGUUUGUCAUAAUUGCUAUAAAAUAUAAUCUUGGGGGCGAAGGUCAUUGCAAAGUAACCAAAAAUGUUGGUGCUAAAUUUACGUAGGCAAAUUUCUUUACAAAAUGGUUUGAGUUUGUGCAAAAGAAACUCUGCUAUGAAUCAAAAUAUUUAUCAGUUUCUACAUCGUUCAAAAUUACCUACUUAUUAUUUCCAAAAAUCAUUGCCACGGUUACCAAUUCCUAAAUUACCGUUAACUAUUGCACGGUUUCUUGCUGCUGUACAGCCCAUAAUAGAUCAGGAAGAGUAUGAUCGUACUGUUCGUAUUACGGCUGAUUUCCUUAGGGGUGACGGGGCUGAGCUGCAGCAAUUACUACGAAACCACGACAAAUUAAACUCACAUAGCAGCUAUAUAUCAAAGCCAUGGUUCGACAUGUAUUUGAGUGAUAGAAGUCCAUUGCCUCUUAACUAUAAUCCGUUGCUCAUUAUGAAGCACGAUCCCUUAAAAGAAAACCAGGACCAGCUGCUGCGUGCUACUAAUUUAGUGAUAAGUUCCAUGAGAUUUUGGCGGUCGUUACAAGCAGGUUUAUUGGAACCUGAAAUUUAUCAUCUGAAUGCUAAGAAAAGCGAUACGGAAAGCUUUCGGAAGAUUAUGCGUUUUGUUCCUCAAAGGGUUGCCACAUAUGCAGCAUAUGCUUUCAAAGCUUUCCCACUAGAUAUGAGUCAGUAUAAUCGACUGUUUGGUGUAUCUAGAAUACCAGGAAAAGGCAAAGAUUCCUUAGUGCAAAAUAAAAAUUCAAAACAUAUAUUAGUCAUACGCGGCGGCAAUUUAUAUUCAGUAGAUGUGUUGGACGAAAGGGGAAAUAUAGAAAAACCAGAUGUGAUACUCAGACGCUUACAAAACGUUUUAAUACAGGCCGAUAGUUAUGGAGCUGCCACUGUGCCUAUUGGGCCUUUGACGGCUAUUCAUCGGGAUGAAUGGGCGACUUUGCGGCAAUAUUUAGCAGAUAAUAUUGGAGGAGGGGAAAAUAAACAACUACUUGAAACAGAAGUAGAUGCUGCUUUAUUUUGCCUAUGCUUAGAUACCCCUGAUUCCCCAAUAUACAGCGAAGAAAAUGUUGUGCCACUGAUCAAGAAUUUGCUAGCUGGGGAUGGUAUAAAUCGUUGGUUUGAUAAAUCAAUAUCUUUGAUUGUAACUGCGGAUGGUACGGCUGCUGUCAAUUUCGAGCACUCCUGGGGCGAUGGAGUUGCGGUACUAAGAUAUUUCAAUGAAAUAUACGUUGAGACUAUAAAAAAUGCCUUUGCAAAGCCUGGCACGACACUUCCUGAUGCUGAAAAUAUAAAUGGUGUAAGACCUAUCAAACUGAAAACAGACGAAAUUAUAGAAAGUGCCGUAAAAAAAGCUAUAACGAAUAACAAUCAUAUAAUGGAACAAUUCAAUGUUAAUAUGUUAAAGUUUCCGCACAUAAAUAAAGGUAUAUGCAAACGGCUUGGUGUGAGUCCUGAUGCCAUAAUGCAAAUCUCUUUUCAAGUCGCAUAUAAAAGAGCUUUUAAUGAUUAUGUUGGCACUUAUGAAUCGUGUAGUACGGCGGCAUUCCGGCACGGCCGUACAGAAACUGUGCGUCCAUGCACGAUGGCAACCAAACGCGUUUGUGAAAGUUUAGAGCGUAAGCAGCUGGAUUUAAACGAGUUAUUUUCUUUGAUAAAACAGUGUUCUAUUGUGCAUAGUGAGCUAACGAAAAAUGCUGCAAUGGGGCAAGGUUUCGAUAGGCAUUUGUUUGCUCUAAGACAUCAAGCUGAACUGCAUGGAAAACGUGUGCAUGGUUUAUAUGAAAGUGAUGCAUACGCCAAAAUCAAUCACAACAUCAUUAGCACUUCCACGCUAGCAUCCGAUGCUUUGUUGGCGGGUGCUUUUGGUCCAGUGGUAAGAGAUGGAUUGGGCAUCGCAUAUUCAAUACAAAACGAUUAUUGUGGAGCAAUUGUUUCCUCUUAUGAAAAGCAGCGCAACGGAAAAGAGUUUGUUGACAGUCUGGAAACAGCAUUUUGUGAUAUAUCUAAUAUUUUAGAGAAAGUAUCGAAUUACACUUAAAGUAAAUAAAUUAAAUAUACUUUUUAUACGAAAAA